CGUAUGUGUAAACCUUAGAGGAAAAAAAGCGCUGCGCACAUAUUCAGAAAUCGGCCUUACUUAAACAAUUAAAACACCAGGUAUUUUGGUUUUGUGCAGCCACUCCUUCUCAGACCAAAGUAAAGAGUUUUUCUUCAUUUUUUGAGCUACUUUUACAACGGGUUUUCUCAAUAGACAGAAACCCUAAAAGAAAACGGUCUUGUUUUACGCAUAUCGAGGAGGAGUCAACAACCCCUCUAAUCGUUAUUAGUAUUUCUUAAUGCCUCCAGCCAAGCAAAGAAUUUCAUAUUGGCCUCAACUCAUUGUACGUGUAAAAUAACCCUUAGUGAAAAAAAGCACAGCGCACAUAUUGAGAACUUGAAUAAGUUCCAUCGGUUCAUUACCUCCGAGAGAUCGGGAUGCUUCCUCCGUCUCGUACCAUAAACGUAUGAGAAGAAAACCCCCAGAGAAUUUAUUAUUUUGGUAAGAGAGAGAGAGAGAGAGAGAGAGAGCGAAUCGAACAAACUUUUCUACAACACGAUAUACCACUCCGGGUCAGGAGGGGCGAUAUAGCACGGACCGGUCGGAUGACUACGCCGGAUGGAAGCAUAACCGGAAGCGUGGCAGGGAGUUUCCCUUUGACCUUCAUCCUGCUUCAUGAUCAGCCGUUCAAACUUUCCCCAAUAUUGUAACAACAAAGUUAGUUUUUUAAGAUCAGACAGAUCACAAAACAUUCCUCACACACAGUCACUGAAUUACCAUCUGUGGCACAAAUAAGCUUCAGGGACUGACUUGUUUUUUAGAACCGACCUUUGACACUUGGAUGUUGGCUUAAUUUUUACACAAAGAGAAAUUUGACCCUAAUAAAAAAAAACAUGGUGAAUACUUACCUCAACUUUGAUGGGGUUUUUUCACAGCUAUUUAUUUAGAAAAAAGUAAAACAAGGACACAAUUAAUGCACAUUGCAGAGUACAUGAAUGGGAAUUCCUCCUCUCUAUACUUACACUGCUCCCUAACAAAUGCCGAGUCAUCAUCUCCAUAUUGUGUGUCCCACUUUUCGAGUUUCAUUGAACUGUGCACAAGAUGUAAAACAAUGUAUUAGUUUUUUAAGUCCCCGGUCUAACAAGAUGCCAUUCAUUUAGGAGACUAAUCAUUUUUUGAUUUUAAAUUGUGCUAACGCAGUAACAUUAAAAAUAAAACAUAUUAGAACUCUUUUUUUUUUUUGUUGGACACAAGAACAACUCGAGCAUCUUUUUUUUCGGGAGCCGAACUAGGGCUUACAUGUUUGCCGUGCCCCUGGGGACCAGUGCGAGGUUGUGUGGCGUGGAGGGUCCAGACACUCCCACAGCACAGACUUUGCUAUCCGCACAGAGCUUUUCUGGUGUGUCUCAUGCAAAAGAGACAAUACAGCUCACGAGCGGAGGUCACGGCAAGAGUUCCCCGAGUUGACACGUAUGAACCAUAAAGUCAGUUUGGACUGAGGAGCAGUCGGACCAACACGGACAUCAGUUCAGACUGAAAUCCAGUUCAGAGGGCACACGCAACAUGUUCAAGCUUGCACGGAGGCCUUGCAGUAAAAAUAAGAAGAUGGUUAAGGCGAGAGAUUGCUAUUCUGUCUUUUACAUCGGUACAAAGGGAGGACUAAAUGCCAAAAAAGAGAAAAGUUUUUUAAAAAAUGACGCUUUAAAACAGUUCGAGUAUCUUUGUGUUUACGGGGAGAAGGGAAUAACUGCGGCCGAGGCUCUGAAAAGAGACGGUCGCUUCACCGAUGACCUGGGCUACUUUGAGCUGGUUAACAUCGACGACGAACGUAAGACUGAGUGCACGGACAUAAUCGAUUGUCUGGACAAUAAGAAAUUCCAGAUAUGUUUUCCACAGGGAGCAGAUACGGAUGUAUCCAUCCCAGAGCAGCAGAAACCUCCACACGCAUCAAAUAAUGCAAAGCGCAGCGGUGGAAUGACAUCGGUCUUAGAUGUAGCACGGCAGAAUGGAUUGAGUCUAAAAACGGCAAUCAAAGAAACGGGCAGCAGCAUUGACCGUAAGGAGGUUUACGAUCUACUUUGUCAGCAGUAUCCGCGUCUGAAAGGAUGGCAGGAGAGUAGAUUCCCCAAAAAUUCUUUUCAGGAAGCACUGAAGUACAGGAAGGAGAGCUUUGGAAAGAGCCGGCAGCCUUUUACUGAAAUUCGCAGCGUUAUGUUGCUGCUCGAAUUGAGCGAGUCAGUUUGUCUCAUAUCCGGUUCCUUCAUAAAGCAAGGCACAGGCUUUGUGCUAUUUGACAACUUUGUCUUGACCAACGCCCGCUUAUUCGACUACUGGGUUAAAUCAAACACACCUAACUGGCGUGAAUUUGUAAACGUUACCGUGGUCUUUAACUUUGAAGACCAAGAGUCAGACAGGAACAACCUCAGCGCUAAGGUGUUCAUCGGCGACGAUAAGUUAGAUUAUGUCAUACUUAAGCUAGAAACAGAGAAAGUACCGCCGGGGCUCCUUAAGAGAUUUGGGCCUGUACCUUCAGACGGCGAGGCCUGUGUCGUCGGACACCCGGGAGGAGGAGUGAAAAAAAUGAGUCCUACGUGGGUCGUGGAGAAAGAGAGGGGAGAGCAUGCUGAGAAUAAUGACAAUUUAGAAGACUGCGAGGAAUUUUGCAGUCUUUGUGAAAUGAAUCAGCAGAUCAAAAACGACCCGUAUGAAAAUAUCUACGUCACCUACAACACUCUCAUGUACCACGGCUCUUCCGGCUCCCCGGUUUUCGAUGCCGACGGACGAGUGUUUGGUUUGCACAGCGGCGGGUUUUUCUAUGGGUUUCCGAACCUUAGCGAGAGUGUGAUUGAGUACGCCUUUCCUCUGCUCACUAUAUUUGAAAACUUUGUGGCUAAUCUGAAGAAAGAUGGGUAUGGGGAGGUGUUGGAAAGAGUUGAGGAGGAAGCGAAGGGAAAUCCUCACCUAGAAAACAUUAUAGCCUCUGUUGUGGGGUCAAAGCAAGGCAAACCUGGCGCGAUGUUGCAGGAAGUUGAGAGUAAAACAGAUUCUGAGGAGAUGGCUGUGUAGAGACAGAAUGAUCGCAGUAGUUUGCCUGUUUUGUACAGAUGACCUCUUAUUUUACAAAUUCUUAGUUUUCACUCGUUAUCAUUACGACAAAGGGUAUGGGGCUCUUGACAACCAUUUUCACAGUUUUUGGAAAAAGCAAGGACAAUUUGUGUUUCCUUUUUUAUUUUAUCGUAGUUUUGUUUUUAGUUUUGACAGACAUUUAACAUAAACUUGUUUCUUUUAUGAGCCUUUAAGAUUAGUUGAGUGACCGCAUGAUUUUACAUUGCUC